UCAUUCAGCUUGUUAUGAUGAUCCAUUCUACACAAAGGACUCGCCACCUCUAUAUAAAUCCAAUCCCUAUGGCGUGCGUACCACAUGGUACUAUGUGGUACUUUGCUCGGUUCUGAAUUUUGCUAGCUAGCUACAUCCAUCGUCUUGGCCAUGGAAGGAGAGGGACGAGGGAACGGGCGGGCGAUCGGCAUCGAUCUCGGCACCACCUACUCGUGCGUCGGAGUAUGGCAGCAUGGUCGUGUGGAGAUCGUGGCCAACGACCAGGGCAACCGCACCACGCCGUCCUGUGUCACCUUCACCGACUCAGAGAGGCUCAUCGGUGAGGGAGCCACCAAUCUGGGCGAAAAAAAUGCGUCCAACACCGUAGUCUACGGUGUCAAGCGGCUCAUGGGACGGAAUUUCUCCGACGCAACCGUGCAAAGCGAUGCCAAGCAUUGGUCGUUUGAGAUGUUGAGGGGUGUUGAUGACAAGCCCAAGAUCAGGGUGAUUUUCCGUGGCGACAAGAAGGAGUUCUCGCCGGAGGAGAUCUCCUCCAUGGUGCUCGUCAAGAUGAAGGAGACGGCUGAGGCCUACCUUGGAAUGACCAUCACGAACGCCGUCGUCACCGUCCCAGCCUACUUCAAUGGCCCCCAGCGCCAGGCCACCAAGGAUGCCGGCGUCAUCGCCGGACUCCAUGUCAUGCGAAUCAUCAAUGAACCUACAGCGGCAGCCAUGGCUUACAACAUGUAUAUGAGGUGGAGCGACACCCGGGAGAGGGUUGUGCUCAUCUAUGACUGGGGCGGUGGAACGCUCGAUGUCUCGCUCGUUGUCAUCAAGAAAGGUUUGCUGGAGAUCAAGGCUACCUCCGGCGACACUCACCUAGGAGGCGAGGAUUUGACCAACAGUAUGGUCGACCAUUUCGUCGAGGAGUUUAGGAGGAGGAACCGGAAGGACAUGAGCGGCGACAAGAGGGCACUCUGGCGUCUUAGGAACAAGUGCGAGAAUGCCAAGAGAAUGCUGUCCUCCCAGACCCAGACCGUGGUGGAGGUCGAUGCCCUUUUCGAGCGCAUCGACUUCUACUCCAGCAUCAGCCGCGCCCGGUUCGAGCAGCUCAGCCGGGACCUCUUCCAUAAAUGCAUGAAGCAUGUUGAGAGGUGCUUGAGGGAUGCCGAGAUGGACAGGACCAAAGUGGACGACGUUGUGCUCGUCGGGGGCUCAACACGUAUCCCCCGUGUGCAGCAGCUCCUCAGUGACUUCUUCGGUGGGAAGACGCCCUGCAGGAACAUCAAUGGUGAUGAGGCCGUUGCAUACGGAGCCACCGUCCAGGCCGCCAUCCUCAUGGGAGACAAGAAACAUGAUAAUAUACUCCAACAUCUCGUCGACGUCGUGCCUCUAUCUCAGGGCAUAGAGGUCGAGGGAGGAAUCAUGGAUGUGCUUAUUCCGAGGAACACCACCAUCCCUAAAAUGGUGGAGAGGGGCUACGUCACAUCUCACGACAACCAGUCCAGCGUACGCAUCAGCGUGUACGAGGGUGAGAGGACAAUGGUAAAGGACAACAGCCUGCGCGCCAAGUUCACGCUUUCUGGCAUCACAUUGGCUCCUAAGGGAGUCACUAAAAUGCUGGUGCGCUUUAAGAUUGACCGAGACGGCAUCCUGCACGUCUCGGCAGAAGAAAAGCCGUCUGGUCAGAAGAACGAGAUCACCAUCACCAACGACACGGAGCGUUUUACCAUGGCGGAACUUCAGCGAAUUGUGCAGGAGGCCGAGGAGUACAAGGCCGAGGAUGAGGAGCUCAAGAGAAACGCACAAGCACGAAACGAGAUUGAGAGCUACAUCAACACCAUGCGCAACACUACUAUCAAGAAACUCCAGGACGUUGCCGUUGGUGCUACAAACUGGCUCAAAAACAACGAGCUUACGACCCGCGAGAUUAAUGCCAAGAAGAAGCAGUUGGAGGCCGACUACGCCACCAUCAUCCGCCAGUCUAGUAGGCCAUGAAAAAACCUACCCUAAUAGUAUUCAACAGAUUUGCUGCAAUUGUUUUUUGAAUAAAAUUUGUGUCGACUGUAUGUGAUAUUCUGGCUAUGAAACCUCCAAUUUUCAAUUCCAAUUUUAUA